AGGGAGCGAUGUUGUGCUAGUGGACCAGAAGUUGAUGACGUUUAAAUACGCGACACGUCACUUGAUCUGUAUCCGGAAGUUUGGCAUUCUCCCGCUAAGGCGUAUUUUGUGCGUAUCUUUCCAAAUGGAUUUAAGUGCAAACUAAUGCAGGAGGCCAUGGAGUCAGAGAGGAUUGACGCCCCGCUGUUGAGCCAAACAGAGAGUUUCAACUCCAUCCGGGAGCGCACCAUCGCAGAGAACAGCAUGGUGGUCCUGCUGCAGGGCCUGCGCGGGGAGGUGACCACCGUGGACCUGCGGAACGAGAGCACGGCAUGUGGCCGGGUGGUCAACGUGGACGCGUUCAUGAACAUACGCCUAGAGGAGGUCCUUUACCGUGACCCCAAGGGGCGCUUUACUCACUUGCAGGACCUCUUCGUCACUGGCAGAAAUAUCCGCUAUGUCCACGUCCCAGACCACAUGGACAUCAUGAAGACAAUACACGGUCAACUGGCGAAGAUCCACCGUGUCCGCAACUUCGGCAGAGAGGGAGGAGGCAGAAAGGAGUUUGCCAAGAAAACAAACUGAAUGAACUGAACUUUUUUUGUUUUUUAAACACCAAGUAGAUCACAUCUUGAUUUCAGGGUUCCAUUUUAUUUUUUCCCUUUGUUUAAAUAUUGACAAUAAAACCUUACUAACAAUG